AUGGCUUCUUCUUCUACUUCAACCCCUACCCCUCCCAAGAAAUAUGACGUCUUCCUUAGUUUCAGAGGAGAAGACACUCGUUGUGGUUUUACCAGCUACCUCUAUGAUGCUUUGAAGCGGAAACAAAUCCUAACCUUCAUAGACAAUGAGCUUGUGAGAGGAGACGAAAUUUCGCCUUCACUUUUGAAAGCAAUUGAAGAGUCCAAGCUUUCUGUGAUUAUUUUUUCUGAAAACUAUGCAUCUUCAAAAUGGUGCUUAGAGGAGCUUGUACAGAUUCUUGAAUGUAGAAACAAUAACGGACAGAUAGUUGUUCCUGUUUUCUACUUGGUUGAUCCGUCUCAUGUUAGAAAUCAAACAGGAAGCUUUGGAGAUGAAUUUGCGAGACUAAUAGAGGAGAAAGCUUUGGCCAUGAACAACGUGCAGAGCUUCAGAAGCGCUUUAAAGGAUGCGGCCAAUCUAUCAGGGUGGGGCUUAGGGAAGUCUGAAGGAUGGGAGCAAAACCAUGCUACAAGAGUAUUAGAAAGCUGUUAUCCGUCUGCACUAUACAACAUAAGCACCCUCAUUGAUAAGUGCCUCAUAACAGUUUCUCACAGCAUGAUAAGAAUGCAUGCUUUACUACAAGAAAUGGCAUUGAGAAUUGUUGAUGCAGAAUCUAAGAAUCCUGGCAAACGUAGCAGUUUGUGUGUUCCUGAUGAUAUUGUUCAUGUACUGAAGAAAAAGAAGGGAAGUGACCGAAUUGAAGGCAUAUCUUUAGACACAUCCAAAUUAUCGAGAGAGAUGCACUUGGAAUCAGAUGCUUUUGCUAAGAUGGAUCGUCUUCGAUUUCUCAAAUUCUACGGUGACCAUCUCUUCACUGGAUUUCACCUUCCUUCUAGUGGUCUCAAAUAUCUUUCUGAGGAGCUGAGAUAUCUACGUUGGGAUGGAUUUCCUUGUAAAUCUUUGCCACAAAAUUUUUGUGCUGAAAACCUCUUUGAGCUCAGUUUUUGGGGGAGUAAGGUUGAAAAACUUUGGAGAGGAGAACAGGAUCUUGUAAAUUUAAUAAAUUGCGACCUCAGUUGCUGUGAAUGUUUGACGGAAUUGCCAGAUCUAUCAAAGGCCAAGAAUUUAAAAGUUUUAAGUCUCGUUGGCUGUAAUAGUUUAAUUGAGGUUCCGUCUUCCCUUCAAUGUCUUGAGAAGCUUGAAGUACUCAAUCUCUUUCGAUGCUACAAUCUUAGAAGUCUUCCAAGUAGGUUUGAUUCAAAGAAGCUCAGAGAAUUUACUAUGACUAAAUGUCUAGGUAUCAGUAAGUGUCCAGAGAUCAUUUCACGAAAUAUGAAAAAAUUGAAUUUAAGUGGAACCUCAGUAAGAGACGUGGCUGGAUCAGUUACGUGUGAACAUAUUUAUCUAGGUGGUUGCUCAAAUAUUUCCAAGUUUCCAGAGGGUUUACGGGAUAUAAUAGAUCUAGGUCUAAGUGGGACAGCUAUAGAAGAGGUGCCCUCCUCAAUCCAGUUUCUCACCAGACUGCAAAUAUUGGAUAUGAGUGGUUGCUCAAAACUGGAGAGCUUCCCAGAGACUACGGAGCCUAUAAAAUCUUUAGAUACUCUUGAUUUGGCUAAAAGUGGUAUUAAACAGCUGCCCUCAUCAUUAAAGUAUCUCGUAUCUUUGCGAAAUCUGAAUAUAGAAGGAACGCCUAUUAGAGAGCUACCAGAGCUUCCCCCUUCACUAACGUUACUAAGAGCACGUGACUGUGCAUCACUAGAAACCAUAUCAACCGUCAAUUUAAGGAGUGGCUGGAUUCGUUUGGAUUUUUCAAAUUGCUUCAAAUUGGAUCAGAAAGCACUGUCAGCAGAUAUGCAUUUGAAAAUUCAGUCUGCAAAGAUGCGAAAAAUUGAAAUGAUGUUACCGGGGAGUGAAAUUCCAGAAUGGUUGAGUAAUCAAGGUGAGGGAUCUUCCGUAACCAUACAGUUUCCCUCAAACUGUCAACAGCUCAAGGGAUUUGCUUUCUCCAUCGCCUUUCUAUUUCCCUCAAACUGUCAACAGCUCAAAGGUGAAGUUUUAAGAGGAUUGGGUUGUUGUGUCAAAACUAAAACCGGUGAGCAUGAGGACCUCACUUACGUGUCAACUCUGUAUUGCACACCAUAUUGCUCAGAUCACACGUUCUUAUGGUACGACGCCGCAGUAUCAGAAAAUCGGUUCUGUAAAUUAUUUGGCAAAGAGAAUAUAUUCAGCAAAUAUUCUGGCAAUGAAGUUACAUUUGAAUUCUACCCAGAGGUUUUCAGUCCGUUCGUGAGGAUGACGAAGCAGGAGCUGGAUGAGAUCGAAAAGCUUUGCAAGGUGAAAAGGUAA